GUACUUUUACAUCACACUACUUCGGGAACCAGUUGCAAGAUUUCUGAGUGAGUUUAGGCAUGUGCAGCGAGGUGCAACAUGGAAAACUUCUCGUCAUUUAUGUGAAGGACGCCCACCAACAAUUGAAGAACUUCCGCCUUGUUUUACUGGGGAAGACUGGAGAGAUGUACCUUUAAACGAAUUUAUGAAUUGUCAUUCCAACCUUGCUAUAAAUAGGCAAACUCGAAUGCUUGCUGAUUUGACACUUGUUGGCUGUUACAAUACAUCAGCUAUGCCUCCACAUGAGAGAGACAUGCUUAUGUUAGCAAGUGCAAAGGAGAACUUACGAAAGAUGGCUUUCUUUGGACUCUGUGAGUAUCAAAAAAUAUCUCAAUAUUUGUUUGAAAGUACAUUUCAUCUCCAUUUUUUACAGCCAUUUCAUCAGCUGAAUGAGACCCAUGGAAGUCUUGCACGUACUGCUAUUAGUGAAGAUGAUAUUAAACAGAUACGUAAAUUGAAUCAUUUAGACGUUCAGUUAUAUGAAUUUGCAGCAAGUCUCUUGAAACAUAGAUUUAAUGUUAUGAAAAGCACAGAUCCCAAUUUUGAGAUAAAUUAUCAAAAUCUUGGAAAAAAGAAAAGUCAUCUGGAUGCUGGAUAUGGCUCGGGAGUAAAAGAGUCAUGAUGUCUUUAUUAUUUUCAUUUUGACAACUUCAGAGUUAGAAAUGUGUUCAGAAUUCUUUUUGUAAAACAUCUUAUGAUGUCUUAUGUUUCUAGGAGAUUUAAGAGCCAAUUUACCAUAUUUCUAAAAAUUGUUUAGUGUAAAAUAUUCUUAUUAAUUUUCAUAACCUGAUUUCCUUCAUUGUUAGUAUUGGUGUAUGAAUAUUUAUGCCUUUUGUAAAACAUAUAUUCCAUUUUUUACUGCAUUAGACCUCUGUUUACUCACAUAUUAUUUGUGAAAAAAAAUCAAAUUGUUAUAUGCAAAAUAUGGCAGUGUUCACACUAUGUUUAACUGUCAAAACUGGCAUAAGCAAAACUUUGUUGCUAGCCAACUAGAUCUCGAUACAUUAUAGAAACUGAAACUAAAAGAAUUCUGUUUAACUUUUUAAAUUUUUUAAUACACCAAGAUGCCAUAAGAACCUACUAAUCAUAAUGAAACAAGCAAGUUGAUGAUCUGUAGACUUCAUGCAUCUGCUAAUUUCUUUCCUUGAUUCUGUUUGACAUACAUGGGGGGGGGGAAAGGAUGACUUUAAGUCUUUGACAUUAUUAUUAUUAUGAAAAGCUGUGAUGUUUAAGCUCCCAUGUGAAUGUCCCCUAUUUAGUUAAAAGUCGUACCAUAAGCAUUUGCAAUAAAUAUAUUAAUUAACACAUUUAAAUGCAUUGUCAUGUUAAAUUAAUUAGUUUUAUUUAUUCUAAUUUUGAUAUAAGCAAUCAUUUUACUAGGACUAAUUUUUCUGUUAAACAAAUUAUAUAUGUUUUUGGAAUAUUUUGUAAAUUCCGUUUAAUCAGGGAUUUUGCAUUUGCAUGAUUAUCUUUUUUCUGCAGGUAAUAUAGUCCAGAACCUGGUGUGAGCAUCAGAAAUGAUUAAUACUAAACAUUCUAUAUAGCAUGAAAUUCCGUGUACUCUAUAGUAGUGUGUUAAAUUUCAAUUGCUAAAUUAGAAACAAAAAUAAAUUAUGAACAUUAAUUAAAAUAAUAAAGAUGUCUGUGCAUUUUACAUUCAUAGCAUUUUUUCGUAGCCAUUAAAAAAAGUGAGAAAUUUAUUAUGUUUUAGCACAAUUUUUAAGUGACAGAAAGAAGUUAUAGACUCUUCCUAGUUCUGAAUAUUAUUAUGUAUAAUAUCAGGAGAUGUCAGGUUUUUUUACUAAGCUGUUUGCAAAUGAAAAUCAUGUUUGCCAUCAAAGCACAGUAUAAAUAAUGGGUACUUUUCCAUUUUGACGAUGCAAGUGAUAAAGUCGCCAAAAAUGGUACAACUCAUGCCAAAUGGAAUAUCCUUGCUGGUAACCUUUUAUGCCUCAUUUUCAAAAAAACAAGUCCCAGCCAUUUCUUAUCAGAUUGAUUGUUUCUUUCAAUACUCUCAUACGAUUACCUAGAGUUUUUACCAGAUAGUUCAAUUUUAUGCCCUAAGGCCAUUCGCAGUAAUUAAGUCAAUUAGGAUGCAAUCACACCGCUCACCCAAAGGCAAAAAUAUAUAAAAGGCAAAGUAAAAGCUUAA